GAUAUUGAACCCAGCUACACGCGCAGGCGCAAUGGACAUUUUGACGACUGCACUGAGCAAACAUGGCGGCGGCCGUAGAUAGUGUUGUGCUCGGUGAGCAGUACUAUAAGGAUGCUAUGGAACAGUGCCACAGCUAUAAUGCUCGUCUGUGUGCUGAGAGGAGCAUCCUUAUGCCUUUCAUUGACUCUCAGACAGGUGUUGCUCAAAGCAACUGCUACAUUUGGAUGGAGAAGAGACACAGGAGUGCAGGCAUGGCUCCUGGGCAGCUGUAUAGCUAUCCGUCUCGACGCUGGAGGAAGAAACGACGGUCCCACCCUCCCGAGGACCCCCGUUUGUCCUUCCCCCCUGUCAAAUCAGCGGAGCUGGAGCUGGGUCUGAAACGGGAUGCCGUGGGAGCGGUAGACGGCAGCAGCCUGGAGGCCUUGCUGAAGGGGGAGCCCCUGGAGAGGAGGGGCCCGCCGGACCCCCGGGCCCCGGAAGACAACCCAGCCACACCUGAACCUGUGGCUGCCAUGGUCUCCAGCCACACCUCCUCUGGACGCAUCCGCAAGAGGGUUCUGGACCACGAUGACUACCUGGAUGAUCUGGAUGAUGAGGACUUUGAGGAUGAGACCCCCAAGAGACGAGGGAAGGGCAAGUCCAAGGGUCGUGGAGUGGGAAAUGGAAAGAAGAAACUGGAGGCAGCCGCUGCAGCCUUGGAGGAGCAGGACAAACCAUACGCCUGUGACAUCUGUGGGAAGCGCUACAAGAACCGUCCUGGCCUGAGCUACCACUACACACACUCCCAUCUGGCGGAGGAAGAGGGGGAGGACAGAGAGGAGAUAGAGUCCCCUCCCCCCCGGCGCCAGCCUGAGGCGCACAAGACCCCUAAGAAAGGCCCUAACGGUCUGGCCCUGCCCAACGACUACUGCGACUUCUGUCUGGGAGACUCCGCCCACAACCAGAAGACCGGCCAGUCAGAGGAGCUAGUGUCCUGCUCAGACUGCGGACGCUCUGGUCACCCGUCCUGCCUGCAGUUCACAGAUGUGAUGAUGGCAGCUGUGAAGACGUACCGCUGGCAGUGUAUCGAGUGCAAGUGCUGCAACGUCUGUGGUACCUCAGAGAACGACGACCAGCUGCUGUUCUGUGAUGACUGUGAUCGAGGAUACCACAUGUACUGCCUCAACCCUCCUAUGACUGAGCCCCCAGAAGGUAGUUGGAGUUGUCACCUUUGCCUGGUGCUGCUUAAGGACAAGGCAUCCAUAUACAAGCAGCAGAGCCCCACCACAGAGGAUGAAUAGGGGUUAGUAUCUUUGGGGCCACCCCAGAGUAACCCACCCUGCCCUCAGCCAGGGGACCCCACCUUACCACCCCACACAAGGACAGUACGCACUCACACCCUGGUCCACACCCCUUAAUGACCAGGAGCUAGGGUCUGGGUCUGAUUGGGGACUGGAAAGGAGGGAGUCCUCUCACCACAACCCUGUCGGCAAACCCCACCCCUUCCCAUCUCUCCUCCUAUCAUGGCUGUUAUCUCCCCUGGACUGUUACACACUCUGCAGAGACUACCGUUACCACUGUCUCUACAGAGUUCAUGUUAUAAAGAAAGGAUUAGCAUCUCACGCUAACUAUUCCCCAACUCCCCCCCUCUCCUUUAUAUGGUGUGGACUGCUAAGACAGGCAGUGUGCUUAAUUUGUUGCCAAAUUAUCUAUUUUUACUUGUUCGAAAAAUAACCAAGUGUAUUGAUGUAUGGAUUUCAAAAUAUGAUCACGUGGUUGAGGGAUAUUAAUAGUGGACUUUUGUAGUGAAGUUUUGUCUGUCUACUUCUUUUGGAUGUUUUUAAAAACAUUUAUCUCAAAGGUUUUCCUGCAACAACAAAAAAAACGAAGGAACCUCUGACGCCAAGGUCCAUAUGCUGUGUCACAAAUGACACUCUAUUCGCUACAUUGUGCAUUUCUUUUGACCAAGGUCCAAUAGGGUGCCUUUUGUGAGGCAACCAUAUUCAUUCUAUUGUGACUGAAUCACAUUCUACUGCUGGUCUGAUUUUAAAUCUAACAUUAUUGAACAUUUGUCAGCUAUCAUCUUUAAGGUUUUUGUAGCUGUUCAUAUCUGUGCCACAAUGAGCGAGGCACAUUGCAUGCAGACUUGCACAUGUACUUGAGUUCGAAUGCACACACACUCAAUUCUUUAGACUUUGAUUUAUUAUAUUUUUACAUUUUAUAUAUCACUUGAUAUUCCAUGGGGUUGGGGAUUUUUUUCUAGUAGAAUUUUGUAAAGUACCGGUAUAUACUAACAACGUCAAUGGAAAACAAUCAUAUAACACAAUGUCAGUACUGUAUGACCUUUUGUAUUUGUUUUAAGUGUCAUUUAGGUUGAUUUUAUUUUGUGAUAUCAUGUUAAUGAUCUCCAUAAUGAGUAUUUAUGGUAAAUAAUGUAUUUUUAUUUACUUUUUUUUGUAUUGAAACUGCUUUUGCCCUAUUAAAAUGUCCAUGUAUCUGCUAACAAAACUGUAUUGGAAAAUGUGUCUUAGGGAAGUGACAUGGACAUAUAGGCAAUCCCCAAGCUUCUGUUCAUACUUCAGCAAUUGGCACCUCCAAAAUUUACAAGAAACUCAGGGAGGGGUACAUUUUGGCUAAAUUAUGUAAACUAUAAAAGGAGGGAAACUGCAAAAUAGAUUAUUGCACAGACUGGUAUUUCACUCAACACUCAUUCUCUAAAAACUGGAUCCUCCGAAGUAUUUACAGCAAUGAAAACAGUGCAAUCAGUCCAACCGUGAGUGAAUAGAACAUGCUGAACACUACAUACAUGAAGAGUGAUACUACAAACAUAAUGAUGUAUGGUUACUGCUGUGGCACUCCUAAAAGCAAUACAAUAGUCGGUCUUAAAGGUCCAAUGCAGAUAUUUUUUUACCUCAAAAUCCAAUUAUUUAACAAUUAAGUAACUUACUGUGAUUGUUUUAAAUUAAAAUGGUCAAAAAGAG